AUGUUAAGGUUAACCAAUUCCAGUUGCAAAGCUUUUGUACAAUCGUCAUACAAGUUUAAUAUAAGAAGAAUGAACUCUACUUUUAGAACGGAAACCGAUGCAUUCGGUGAGAUUAACGUCCCUGCUGAUAAGUAUUGGGGUGCUCAAACUCAAAGAUCGUUUCAAAACUUUAAGAUUGGUGGAGCUCGUGAAAGAAUGCCAUUGCCUUUAGUGCACGCCUUCGGUGUGCUAAAGAAAUCUGCCGCAAUUGUGAACGAAUCUCUCGGAGGAUUGGAUCCCAAAAUUUCCAAGGCUAUUCAAGAGGCUGCUGACGAGGUAGCCUCUGGGAAAUUAGACGACCAUUUCCCAUUAGUUGUCUUCCAAACGGGUUCCGGUACCCAAUCCAACAUGAACGCAAAUGAAGUUAUUUCUAACCGUGCCAUUGAAAUUCUAGGAGGCAAGAUCGGAUCCAAAGAGGUCCAUCCAAACAACCAUUGCAAUCAAUCACAAUCGUCCAAUGACACUUUCCCUACCGUCAUGCACAUUGCCGCCAGUUUGCAAAUUCAAAACGAAUUGAUACCUGAAUUAGCCAAUCUGAAAAAUGCUCUCGAAGCCAAAUCUAAAGAAUUUGAUCAUAUCGUGAAGAUUGGUAGAACUCACUUACAGGAUGCCACGCCUUUGACACUGGGCCAAGAGUUUUCCGGGUAUGUGCAACAAGUCGAGAACGGUAUUCAAAGAGUGGCCCAUUCUUUGAAGACGUUGAGUUUCUUGGCCCAAGGGGGUACUGCCGUUGGCACAGGUUUGAACACCAAACCUGGAUUCGAUGUCAAGAUAGCCGAGCAGAUUUCCAAAGAAACUGGACUAAAGUUCCAAACCGCCCCAAACAAGUUUGAAGCCUUGGCAGCUCACGAUGCCAUUGUCGAAUGUAGUGGUGCUCUGAACACUCUUGCUUGUUCUCUUUUCAAAAUAGCACAAGACAUUAGAUACUUGGGGUCCGGACCACGUUGUGGUUACCAUGAAUUAAUGUUGCCAGAAAAUGAACCGGGCUCCUCCAUCAUGCCAGGCAAAGUCAACCCCACGCAGAACGAGGCAUUGACUCAAGUGUGUGUCCAAGUCAUGGGUAACAACGCAGCCAUCACGUUUGCCGGCUCUCAAGGCCAAUUCGAGCUGAACGUUUUCAAACCAGUCAUGAUCGCCAAUCUAUUGAACUCAAUCAGACUAAUAACUGAUGCCGCAUAUUCGUUUAGAGUACACUGCGUUGAAGGAAUCAAAGCCAACGAACCUCGUAUCCACGAACUGUUAACCAAAUCUUUGAUGUUAGUCACUGCUUUGAACCCUAAGAUUGGUUACGAUGCAGCUUCCAAGGUCGCUAAAAAUGCUCAUAAGAAGGGCAUUACCUUAAAGGAAAGUGCCUUGGAACUGGGUGUAUUGACUGAAAAGGAAUUUGAUGAAUGGGUUGUCCCGGAAAACAUGUUAGGUCCUAAAUAG